CAUUCGCGUAAAUAACUAGUCUCGGGAUUUUACCUGAGCUUGGGGAAGUCCUCUAGAUUCUUCAUAGCAAUCAUAAUUCGAGACGCCGACGUUAUUUCGUUGGAUGUAAAGAGCAAACGUUGGAGUGUGAGACAGAAAAAAUAUUUCCCAUCAUUCAACGGUUAACCAUUCAACAUGGAGGACCUAGUGGUCGAAGUUUGCAGUCCGAACGGUAUUUAUUACAAGGCAUUUGUGAAGAAUGUGUAUGAAGAUGAAAUCCUUGUCUCCUUUGAGAACGACUGGCAGCCGGAGCAGAGAGUCAAGUUCUCCAAUGCCAGACUCCCAGUGCAGGACCAGGGCAAACAUAGAGACUAUAGGGACGGGGAAAAUGUCGAGGUAUUUACAAGUACAAAUGAAAAGGAACAGAUGGCUUGGUGGCCAGCAGUGCUAAAGAUGUUGAAGGGCGAGUUUGCAGUGAUAGAAUAUACUGGUUAUGACUCAAAGUACACAGAUAUAGUCCCACUCGAGCGAGUUAGACCUCUCAACUCAAACCCACCAAUAGAUAAGAACACAUUUCACAAGUUUUCUAUAGAAGUCCCUAUUGACCUACGAGAAGUGUGCCAAGAUGACCAUGAACAUGCUGAAUUUAAGAAACAUAUAGGAGGAGGUUGUGUGUGUUUUGAUCAUCAGGAAGGGACUCUAAAUGUUAUGUCUCUGAAUGAAUCUGUGAUAAAGAGAGCAUCCAUGUUGGCUGAUAUGCACCUUCGCAAUGUCCGACAAAAGUUAAUGCUGAAAAAGAGAACAGAGGAAGCAGUCCAAAGGCUUCAGAGUACCAAAAUUAGGUCUGGUUAUACUGAAGAGUUUAAAGUUCGUGAUGACCUGAUGGGGCUGGCUAUCGGGACACAUGGUGCUAAUAUACAACAGGCCAGACAUGUAGAUGGCAUCACCAAUAUAGAACUGGAUGAGGACACGUGUACUUUUAAAGUUCAUGGAGAGUCUCAAGAAGCUGUGAAGAAGGCAAGAGCCUUGCUAGAGUAUGUAGAGGAAACAUUUCAGGUUCCAAGAGAGCUAGUAGCAAAGGUUAUAGGUAAAAAUGGCCGCAACAUUCAAGAUAUUGUGGACAAGUCUGGCGUGGUGCGAGUAAAGAUCGAGGGUGAUAACGAGAAUGAUACGCCUCGUCAGGAGGUAAUGGCGUCACUGGGACAAGUACCAUUCAUAUUUGUUGGAACUCAAGAAAGUACAGGAAAUGCCAAGAUUCUACUGGAAUACAAUUUAGAUCAUUUGAAGGAAGUUGAAAAAUUGAGAUUGGAGAAGUUAGAAAUUGACCAACAGCUAAAGAGUUUAGCGGGACCCCAGACUGGACCAUACUUUCCACCUAACAGAGAAAGGAGGGGGAGUAAUGACCCUUCCUCAGAUGACCGUGGAAGACGAGGGUCAGGAAGGGGGCGGGGCAGAGGAGGAAGGAGAUGGGCCAAUGAGAGACGUACAUACAACACAGAUGAAUCAUCUCCAGCACCUAUAGCUGAUUGGUCUGAGGAGAUGAAUGCAGAAGAUAACCGUCAAUCUGGUUACUACACAGAUAGUAUUUUGACCGGGAGGGGACCCAGAGGAGGGGGAGGAGGAUACAGGCCCAGGGGUAGGGGAGGCAGGUACCCCAGGGGGUCAGGGUACUUUUCCAAUAGGUCUUCAGAUUAUCAUGACCAACGUCGGUAUAGAUCAGAUAGACCCAGUUACUCAACCAGCAGACACAUGGCAUAUGAUACAGAUGAAUCCCGGGAUUUACGCUCCCGACGUAGGAUGACAGAUGAUGACGAUACAGUAUUAGAUAACGCCAGUGUCACCAGUCAAGACCAAGACGAUUAUAGAGAUCAACAGAGACCCAGGAGAAAACGAAGGAAUAGAAAUCGUCCCUUUGGUAACGGAAGUGCUGCAUCGGGUACAGAAACGGACAAUAGUGUUUCUAAUUAUCGGCCAUCUGGAGGUCGGCCAUCACAAUUUCAGAAUGACACUUCUCAUAACGUGAAUUCAGUAAAGACUGAACCAUCAAAAGUGAAAACAGAACUUGAAUCCAAACCGUCUGGGCCGUCCAAGGAAGGUAACAGUAGUAAUAUAGGUAGUACAAAGCCUGUCAGUCAGUCCAAUAAACCAAACUGGAAACCAGGAUCAGCUCCGCCUCGAGAACAAAGAAAACCUGCCCAGAAGUACUCAUCCUCAGCAAGGAAUGGAACAAGUGGCUCAGAAUCCGAUUCUAAAGCCGCUAAAACCAAAAACAAUUCUUUUAGUAGUCAACCAAAAGAGCAAAUCGUUAAUGGAGAGUAAAAAAAGUGCUUAAUUAGCCCUGAUAGGAGAAAAAAAAUGGAGGAUAGCUGCUCAGUGGAGCAGGUCAUCCUUUUCUUCCUCCUUCCACAGGAGAGUGCUUUGUUACCUAGGAAACCAUUCAUGACAUUGUUUAGUGUUUGAGAAUUAAUAUUUAAGGAAUCUGUUGUCUCUUUGGAGAUAGUGUUUGCUAUGCAAUAUUUGUCAGUUUGCCCAUAAUGACUGUUGCUGUCUUGUUAAAAAAUUGACUUUUAAUAGAAAUGGUCUGAUACCUUUAUACAUGUAUCUGUUGGACUUUAUCUUGAACUUUGACCUAUGGAAUUCCAUUUUUUGCUCUGUCCCAAAGUUUUGCAUAAUAAUGUUGAUUCAAUAUGGUGACUCUAUUCAGACUUCAUGUGUAAAACAUAUAAAGUUAUAGAUUUAAAGAAAAUUUUGUUAGAAAUUAAUAUUGAUGAUGUAAUAGACUUGAAAUGACUCUCAUUGAUGCUCACAUGUAGUAGUGAUAAAGUGUAUGUCAAAAUUAAGUAAUGUGACUUAAUUAUAUAAGUGUCUUGGAAUGAGUGAUACAUCAGCUAUUAAUUAAAUAUAUUUCUGAGCUAUGUAAUAGUAUUCAAAAUUUAUAUGAUAUACUAGCUUGAUAUCGUAAAAUCAUUCAUGUAAGUGUUAUUAACAUACAAAUUGACUUUUCCGUUGUCAUAUCCACAUAUCUGAAUCUCGGAUUACUUUGAAAUAGCUUAUUUUUUGUGUAAGAUUUUUUUUUCGUUCGAAUGAAUGACAACAAAAAAGAAAUAUAAACUUUCUGUGAAAUGUUAACCAGGAGAUUAAUAUCACCAGGAAUUUAUUUUUUAUUUCAUUAAUUUUGUGAUCAUAACACAGUAAAGAUCGAUACAUUAAUUAAUUUUCUGUUUCAAAAUCAAUUUAAAUACAUAUAUGAGGGACAUGUAAUAUUAAAGUUUUUACAUUGAUUUCAAAUAAUUUCAAGAAAAAUUUGUUUUAAAAUAAUCAUCUGAGAUUAUUGUGAAAAGAUGUAAACAGUGGUUUUUUCCUUUGUUUUUUCAGAUGACAAUCAUUACCGUCUGUUUAAAAGACUACUGUCAUAUUUUUGUACUACAUACAGUUUAUCCUCUAGGAGAAUGACUAGAGUACUUUCACAGUUUAUCCUCUAGGAGAAUGACUACAGUACUUUCACAGGGUCAAGACUCUGUUUAAUGUUUUAUCUUUAUUUCUUCCAUAUCAGUUUUGUAAAACAUGAGCAAGAUAAAACAAAAAGAGGUCGUCUUUUGAUUUUUUUUUUCAUUUAUUUAGAGACAAAAGAUUUAUUGUAAUGGGUCCUUGAAUGAUGUGUAUUUUGUUUGCAGUGCAUGAAUGCAUUUGCUGGUUUGACUGUGAGUUCAGGUUUAGUAGCUUUUUGUUUGAUAGAAAAAUCAAAGUCAUUUGUGUCCUUACAGUAUUUUGAUCUGAUAUUGUUAAUUGACAAAAAAUAUACCAAUAUACUGGUCAUCAUUUCUUAUUUGUGAAGCAUUCUUUUCAUUGAAUGCUGUCAUACAGGGUAGUUCAGAAAAUGAUACACUGGUUGUAUAACAGAUUGUAAGCAGAAUUUAAUAUUUGCUAUCCAAUUUCUUUGUGUAUAGAAGUAUGAAUGUUAUUUGUUAGACAUUUGUUCAUACUACAAAGAAGGAACUGAUUUAAUUUUUUAAAUGCUAUAAUUUAUGAUGAUAAGUUUGCAAGGGUUUGGCAUAUGUUGUAAUUAAAUGUUGAAAUAACUCUUAAAAUAAGGCAUUGUAUACUUACACCUGAAAAUGGAAUAAUGUGUGUUGGUGUGCAAAGGGCUGAUAACUCUUGCAACACAAAGAGAAGUAACUAUUGAUACUUCUACAGAAUAUUUCUAUGUGAUCUAUUUGUUUGUGAAUAAUACAAACUUAGAAACCAAAGAAUUGAGAAAAGUAUCUAGACUGCAUGUUCUUGUGUGACAUGAAGGAGACACGUUUAUUUUACUGCCAUAUCUCAGUGUUAACGAAGGUGUUACAUUUGUUUCAGUGUUAUUACAUUAUUACAAUUUCAUUACAUUCAUUGCUAUUGAAAUCAACAGUGAGGUUGUUACACUGCUUUUUUUAUUCUCUGAAUGAAGUGUGCGGUAGAUAUUUUUGUUCAGAUUGUGAGAUAUAUGAAAUUAUUGCAAGACUGGCAACAUUCUUAAUUUAUUUCACAUCCUAGGCCAUUAUCUUGUAGAUUUUCCUUCCAUCCAGUGCGAUUUUUAUUUCUCUUUUUUUUUUUGUAAUAAAAUUAUUGCUAAGGAU